CUCUCUCUCUCUCUCUCUCUCACUUGCUUUUCAACUUUUCACCAUUCAUAAUUCCAGAGAAGCUUUAAAAAACGUUGUCUCCUUGAAACAACAAUGCUUCCAAAAAGCAGAAGAUUCAAAGCUUGAGCCUUUACCUUCCUCUUUUUUAACCCUAAAAUCUUCAUCUUCCUCGGAUAAAGUUACAAACUUUAACCUCGCCGCACGAACCCACUUCUGUCUUUCUCGUGAAACCCCAAACUCUAUCUCUCCUUUUCUCUCUGUAUGUCAACAAUGCCAUCAUUUCCGACCACUUUCACGCUCCUGAUUAUGCUGCUUCUGUCAACUCCGGACAUCUCCCUAGCCGGUUUACUCGCUGAGCCGGUAACCGGUCACGGCCAGCCUCUCAAGCCAGGCGACUACUCCAGCCCAAACACAGUCCCGGCCUUCCCGGUGCAAACCCAGGCCCAGACCUGCCGUCUCGACCUCUCCGCCGAGCUUUUCGGCGGCGUCAACGAAGCCUGCGGCCGAAACCUAGACCGAAGCAGAUGCUGCCCCGUUUUAGCCGCCUGGCUCUUCGCCGCUCACGCCAGGUCAGCUCUGGAAAUCUCCUCCGCCCCGGCUCCCUCCUCCGCCGCCGGCGACCUCCCCAUGAUGCCGGACGACUCGCAGAAGUGCGUCAACUCUCUCCAGACUUCUCUCCUCAGCCGAAACAUCCGGAUCCCCCAGCCGAACGCCACGUGUGACGCCAUUCUCUGCUUCUGUGGGAUCAGGCUCCACCAGAUCAGCUCCCUCAGCUGUACGGCGGCGUUCAACGUCUCCGGGUCCCACAACGCCACUCCGACCGCGGCGGUCAAGAACUUAGAAAAGAACUGCCGUAACUCUUCCUACACUGGCUGCACCAAAUGCCUCGGCGCCUUACAGAAGCUCAAGGGCGGGACAACGACGUCGGGGAAGAACGGAACAUCGUCGAGGGAGACGAGUAGGGCGAGCAAGAUGUUCAACCGGGACUGCCAGCUGAUGGGGCUGACGUGGCUGCUGGCGAAGAACAAGACGGCCUACAUUCCGACCGUCUCCGCCGUGCUGCGCGCCAUAAUGUACAGCGCACACCCGCCGCACGAGUCGACGUGUAGCCCGGACCAGGAGAACAUGCCUUUGGCCGUGGACUCCCUGCAGUUUGAGAAGUCGUCAUCGUCGGCGUUGUCAAUAUCUCCGGCGUCGGUGUUUUUAUUUCCGGUUGUGCCCCUAAUCAUAGUUUUGGUGUCUCUGUUUGUUUAGGGGAAUCAGAGCAGAGCUUAGUCUGGUUUUUCCCACCGUUUUCUGGGUAGUCCCUGUCAGGUGUUCACGUGAUGCUAGAAGACAAAACGAGCGCGAUUGGGUUGUUUUUGUCAUUUUGCCCCCCCCACUGUAAAUUUUCAGCUCGGUCUUAGCUUAGUAUGACUACAACAGGGAAGAAGAUCCUUUUUAUUACCCAAUUGAAGCUUUUCGUCUUUUGGCUGAAUCUCUUGCUGAAACCUAGAAGGUUCAUUUACUCCAGUCAUGGUAGUUUAGAUUUUGUGGAGUUUCAUUUAUGAUAAAUCAUUGGAAAUUAAGAA